GUCCGGGUCCCUAGUUUGCACGUGCGGCGAGGCCUGAAGACGCCGCGGUGAGCCGGCCCUGGCGGCGUCCCGGACGUAGCGCGUCCCGUCCCGCAGGACCUGGAGGUGUAGUCGCCGCUCUUUGGUGUGAGCGCCUGGCGACCGCAACAUGCCUCACAGGAAGAAAAAGCCCUUCAUAGAAAAGAAGAAAGCUGUGUCUUUCCACCUGGUCCAUCGGAGCCAACGAGAUCCUUUAGCAGCAGAUGAGACUGCACCCCAGAGGGUUCUGUUGCCUGCACAGAAAAAAAAUGAUGAAGAGAGACGAGCAGAACAGAGGAAGUAUGGAGUGUUCUUCGAUGACGACUAUGACUACCUGCAGCAUCUGAAGGAACCAUCUGGGCCCUCAGAGCUGAUUCCCACAAGUACAGUCAGUGUACCCAAUAGGAGAAAUGAAAACGAAGAAACUUCAGUAAUUUCAACCACUGGAAUUAAGUUGCCUUCAUCAGUGUUUGCAUCAGAGUUUGAGGAAGAUGUUGGAUUGUUAAAUAAAGCAGCUCCUGUUUCAGGGCCUCGGCUGGAUUUUGAUCCUGACAUUGUUGCAGCCCUUGAUGAUGAUUUUGACUUUGAUGAUCCAGCUAAUCUGCUUGAAGAUGAUUUUAUUCUUCAGGCCAAUAAGCCAACAGAAGAGGAAGAGGGAAUGGAUGUGCGGAAAUCAGAGGCGGAAAAUGGCAGUGAGUGGGCAGAUGUGGACAAUGAGAAGGAAGAAGGCAGUGAUGACAAUGACUAUGACUCUGCAGGCUCAUUCUCAGAUGAGGAAGUGUCUACCCCUGGGAAAAUUCCGGGGGCUCUAGAAAAUCACUUGUUCUGGGAAGAGGAAACGAAAAGUCGCUUUACUGAGUAUUCUAUGACAUCCUCAGUUAUGAGGAGAAAUGAACAGCUGACCCUACAUGAUGAAAGGUUUGAGAAGUUUUAUGAGCAAUAUGAUGAUGAUGAAAUUGGAGCUCUGGAUAAUGCUGAAUUGGAAGGUUGCAUUCAAGUAGACAGCAGUCGCUUAGAGGAAGUUUUGAAUGACUACUAUAAAGAGAAGGCAGAGAAUUGUGUAAAACUGAGUACUCUUGAACCCUUCGAGGAUCAAGACUUGCCCAUGAAUGAACUUGAUGGGUCUGAAGAGGAGGAAAUUGUCACUGUCGUUCUUGAAGAAGUCAAGGAGAAGUGGGAUUGUGAAUCCAUUUGUAGUACAUACUCAAAUUUAUACAACCAUCCACAGCUUAUUAAGUAUGAACCAAAGCCCAAACAAAUCCGAAUAUCUUCUAAGACAGGAAUACCUCUCAAUGUCUUACCUCAGAAAGGAUUCACAGCAAAGCAAAUUGAACGAAUGCAGAUGAUUAAUGACAGUGAUCUGCCCAAGGUGUCAACCCAGCCACGCUCUAAAAAUGAAAGCAAAGAAGAUAAAAGAGCAAGAAAGCAAGCUAUAAAGGAAGAGCGGAAGGAACGGAGAGUAGAGAAGAAAGCUAACAAAUUAGCCUUCAAACUGGAGAAAAGAAGGCAGGAAAAGGAGCUGCUGAACCUGAAGAAGAAUGUUGAGGGUCUAAAGCUGUGAGGCUGGAACAUUUAGGGUGAGGCCCUUAGGGCUCCUCAUUGUGUUAAGGAAGGAAUGAGGAUCUUCAGAGAGACCAGACUGAUCUGCCUUUUUUAUUGGCAGGUAUUGAAAAGAAAACAGCACAAUAUUUGUAUUUAUAUCAGCAAGUUUGUAAAUACUGUAAUAUUUUUAAAUUUAAUAUGAUGAGCUUAGAUUUGCUCUGAAAUUGACUUCAUGAAUGUGAAAUGUUUAGAUAAAUUAAAGAAAAUGUCUUCCUAA